AUGGGUGGGCCCUCGAAUGCGGCGCCAGAGAUUGAACCUCCGCCAGCUUCUUAUGCACCACCAGAGCCGCCUAUGGGUUUUGAUAACCCAAUCCCCACCUACCUAGGUUCUUCUGGGUAUAAUCCUUUUGAAAACCCAUCGGGGUACCCCUCGGACUAUGCAUCUCAAGACCCGUACCUUACGGCUGCGCAGUAUCACCACCUUUACCCUUCUUCUUACCCUCCGGUUCUUCCAAUUGGAUAUCCAGUACCAGGUUAUCAGUACCCACCGUACCAACAACCUCCUCCUCCACAGCAGCAGCAGCAGCAACAGACCCAGGAAAUCCUGGAGAGGUUAGAUAGGGUUGAGCACAAGGCUAGGAAAAACAAGGAGAAGCAUAAUAGCUUUAUGAAAGACCUUGCAAACCUUAUCAAAGGGAAGAAGAAGUAG